AUACGACGAACGAAUGAAACUAACCAGUCGCGUCUACUGCCAGUGUCAGUGAGGUGUGUUUUCUACAAAUGUUACAGCGACAGUUCCACAAUGAAUGCAUUCAGAAUUAUAGGAGACAUUUUUCACCUCGUUUCUAUACUGUGGCUUCUGGUGAAAUUGAUUAAAACGCGAUCAUGCGGAGGCAUCUCCGGUAAAACCCAACUGCUCUUCGCCUUAGUAUUCUCCACCAGAUACCUGGAUCUGUUUUCAGGAUACAUCUCAACUUACAAUACUGCUUUCAAGAUAACGUACAUCGUCUGCAGUUACGUCACAGUCCUGCUGAUACUCGUUGUCUUCCAAAAAUCAUAUAGAAGCACGGAAGACUCGUUUUUAACAGAAAUAAUCCUACUUCCAACAUUCGUGCUAGCCCUAUAUGCUAACAACAUCAUGGAACCAGUAGAGAUAUUAUGGGCGUUCAGCAUUUACCUGGAGUCGGUGGCCAUCCUACCCCAAUUCUACAUGAUCUACAAGAAAGGAGAGUUGGAAAGAAGCCUGCUGUAUUACUUGAUACCGUUGGGACUCUACAGACUGUUCUACAUUUUCAACUGGAUCUACCGUUACAACACCGAAGGCCACAUCGACAAGAUAUCAGACGGCGCCGGAAUAAUCUACGUGAUAGUGUACCUAUUAGCGUUACUAGAAUUCUGUACUGGCAAAGUUAAGGUGACAGACGAAGAAAACGGCAAAUUUUUGAAGAAGAAUAUUUUCUUUAUAAGCAGCAACGAACCGUUCACGGUGAACGGCGAGAAAACUUUGUCGUCUGAACAACUGAUCGACGGAAAUGUUUAGAAAGCGAAAAAUCUGGAAAAUAAUGAAUCUAUAAUGUAUUUCCUUUCAGUUAUAAUUCAUACCAUAACUUAGUACAGAUUUUGUAUUUAUUUGCUGGAACAAUCGCAAUGAAUUUUGUAUUUUUAUAUAAAUUCUCAGGAACUAGAUGUUUGUGUAAAAAAUACGUCAGUACAUUACAUUUAUUUGUAGAGAAAA